GGAAUGGCUGGUAACCUUGACAACACUUCCUCCUCCCUAGUACGGGUCCAUACAGAUUACACCCCGUCCAAAACGGAGGUGGACAUGCUGCAUAUCAAGGUCCCGGAGACAUUCUGGGUGGCCACCAAGAAAGCGGGGGCCCUCUGGAAGGGGGUACUGAGUGGGAGGAUGGGCUGGUUUAGGGCCUCGUACACUGAGACCUGUAGUCAUAGCGUCACCGAGGGUAACCAGAGGAGGACCCCCAACCCUCGCCGGACCCCCAGGAAAGCCAAACCCAGAACUGUGGAGGAGCUCCUCUAUAGACUGGGAUUAGAGGUUUUCUAGAAAAAGUCUCUUGAGAAUGGUUUUGAGCACCUGGAAAUUUUUGCUGACUUAACUGAGAGUGACCUUGAUGCACUUGGCAUCAGGGACCCCCAGCAGAAGGCAAAACUUUUAACAGCAGCUGAACUGUUAUGUAGUGCUGAAGAUGAUGAAUUUCCAGAUAUAGGGAGCCAUAAUGGUAUGUCUAACCAAGCAACCUUGUACUGCUACUCUCCUCGGCUAAUGAGCUUUGGUGAUUGUCAUCACCGCACAUGUCCAGGAAGUAGGGACUCUGGUUGCUAUGGCAGCUGGGAGCAUCUAGGUCACAAAGAAGUUUUCAACAAGCAAGGCUACAUGAUAUCAGCCAAGAACCAGACGCGUCAUGUGUCUCUUCUACAAUACAACAAAAAAAAUCUUCAGCCUGUGAGCCAGAACCGGACGGUGGAGGAGAUUCGGUAUGUCUGCAGUCGGCAGGCCAACAGCAGCGGGAGGGGGAGUGCCAGCAGUGGGCGUACCAGUGUGGAGAACUGUGGAGGGGAGAGUCAGAUGUCAGACAUGGAGCGGAGUGACAGAGACUUCACGGAGGAGGACCGGGAGGUGUGCGAGAUCAAUCACAUGGUCAGGAGAAGUGACCCCUCCUGUGUUCACCCAGGGGAUCAUGUGACUCCUUGUGCUGAAGAGAAUUCUGUAUUUGGGGACUUCAUUGUUGUCAUGUGUUCAAAUGUUGGUACGCAAACUUCUUCGUGUGAUUCUGAGGCACGAUGCUCUAAGUUUAGUAAUCAGGUGAAUGGACAUCCAUACGGUGCUACUGACUGUGAAAGAUCAAAACCAUUCCCAAACAAGGUUGUUACAAAGUAUAGAAACUCAAAGAAGGAUUCACAUGUUCAAGUGAUGUGCCCCUUUGGGCCCCUCUCUGUAUUUCAUGAGGGAGGCCAGAAUCAAUCAAGACAAGAGUGUGUUCAGAGACAAAGGGGCUCCGUAGGGGGUUCAUCAGACUCCACCCCCACAGGAGAACUUCAGGGAAGAACAUCUUCCCAAGGUGCCAUAUCAAUCCAAGAGGGACAAGUGCAAUAUAGUGAUAAACAAGUGCCAAAAAAUGGACCAAGUUCUGUAGACAUUUCUAGACCGGUGUCUUCUCCCAAAGACUUCAGAAAUGUCAAGAAAUCCCUAGUGUCACUCAUUACAGCUAAGCUAGGGGAUGAGAAUAUCAACCUUGCACAAGAGCCAUAUUCUACAAAGCAAGGAGAAUGCCAGAUUCCACCCCUUCUAAUUCAGAGGUACUCGGAGGAACUGAAGCAAGAUGUGGCUAGUGUGUGCACUGUACUGGAACAGGUGCGAGUGCACUCACUGACUUCCCAAAACAGACCUGUGAUACAAAUGGACAAUCUUGCCGACAAGUGUUCCACUGGUUCUGAGCUCAAAACCUCCUCCAUUCCUGAUUUCCUCACCUCCAUUGGCCUUCCCAUGUAUACCAGUGCUGUGGUUGGACAAAACUACAAAUACUUAGAGCAGCUUUUUAAACUGACUAAUCAGAACAUCAGAGACAUAACAGGUGCAUCUCACAAGCAUGCCAAGAGGAUAGCACAUGCUUUAACAUGGGUGAAAAAGAAAAUGGCUUCCCAAGCUAGCAACGACGAGACUGGAUUAAUAGAUAGAGUGUAAUAGAAGAUGGCAAAUUUUCUAUUUGAAGAAAUUUUGAGAUGCUUUUAAUCUUGGAAUAUGUUGGUGCAAUUUAAUAACUACAUUGCUUUUGUCCAUUACUUGAAAAUUGUGUUUUAUUCUUACAAGUAUAUAUCAUUUGUUCAACUGCAUGAAAAGUUACAAUUGUAUUGCAUGCAUGAAAUUAACUGUUAUACACAACUGAGACAGGAAACAUUUUUUUUAUUAUCAAAUUUUACUGUACAACAUUUUUUUUAAAGAAUUUUUUAAAUAUUUCCUUUAAUUACAUGUAAAUUUUAUUCUCACUUUUUCUUUUUAAUAUUGAAAUGGAUGGAAGUCCAAUUAAUAAGAAAAAAAUCUGCAAGGAAGCAAUUGUUUAGAUGUUUAUUAUGGUUGUAAUCUUUUUAUCUCACUUCAACCCUUUGUCAUUUUAUGGCCGUUAUGAUGAAAUGUACAUUUUAGUUUAAUUUA